AUGUCUGGUUCCAGAGGCCGGGUCCCAAAGCGAAACCACCUGUGGAGUUCUCCCUCCACAAACUGCCUGGGCAAGAUGUGCCGGCUGUUGUUCCUUUGGGGAAUCCUCCAUACUUGCCCUACACAGGCCUCUGUGCUCUUGGCCCAGCAGCUACCACAGCAAGUGACAUCCCCUGGAUAUCCAGAGCCAUAUCUCAAAGGCCAGGAGAGCCACACUGAUAUCGAGGCUCCAGAAGGGUUUGUCGUGAGACUGGUCUUCCAGGACUUUGAUAUGGAGCCAUCCCCAGACUGUGAAGGAGACUCUGUCACCAUUUCAACCAGAGGGACAGAUGCAGUCCGGCUGUGUGGGCAGCACACUUCCUCUCUGGAGAGUUCUCCUGGGCACAGGGAGUUUGUGUCCUCUGGGAGGAGUUUGCGGCUGACCUUCCGGGCACACUCUCCUUCCCAGAACAAGAUCACACACGUCCACAAAGGCUUCCUGGCUCUCUAUCAAGCCAUAGCUGUGAGCCAGCCCAACGGGGACUCUGAGGCUGUCACCACACCUGGAGCUGACCUUCCCAGGAUUCAGAGCCACUGUCAAGAUCCCUACUAUGAGGUCAGACAGACCGGGACAUUCAGCUGCCCAUCCUUGGGGACUUGGAAGGACAGACAGGAUAGGGAAGAGGUUCCUCAAUGUGUGCCAGUCUGUGGAAGACCAGUCAUCCCCAUUGUCCAGAAUCCAAAGGCCUUCGGUUCAUCCCCAGCUAAGCUGGGAAACUUCCCUUGGCAAGCCUUCACCAGUAUCUAUGGUCGUGGUGGUGGAGCCCUGCUUGGUGACAGAUGGAUCCUGACCGCUGCCCAUACCAUCCACCCCAAGGACAGCCUCUAUCUCAGGAAGAACCAGAGCGUGGAGGUGUUUCUCGGUCACACAGAUGUAGACGAGCUGCUGAAACUGGGGAACCAUCCUGUCCGGAGAGUCGUGGUUCACCCAGACUACCGCCAGCACGAAUCCCACAAUUUCAACGGGGACAUCGCCCUCCUUGAGCUCCAGCACAGAGUCUCUCUGGGUCCCAGCCUCCUCCCAGUCUGCCUGCCCGACAAUGAGACCCUCUACCACAGCGGUCUGUGGGGCUAUGUCAGUGGGUUUGGUGUAGAGAUGGGCUGGUUAACGACAAAGUUGAAAUACUCACAGCUGCCGGUAGCUCCCCGGGAGGCCUGUGAAGCCUGGCUCCACCAGAGGCAACGGACUGAGGUGUUUUCUGACAACAUGUUCUGUGUUGGGGAUGAGAUUCAGAUGAAUAGCGUCUGCCAGGGGGACAGUGGCAGCGUCUACGUGGUGUGGGACAAUCGUACUCUUCACUGGGUGGCCACAGGAAUUGUAUCCUGGGGCAUCGGGUGUGGCAAGGGAUACGGCUUCUACACCAAAGUACUCAGCUAUGUGGAUUGGAUCAAGAGGGUGAUGGAAGGUAAAGACUGACCCCAGGGUCCUGAGCGGCAGACCAGCACUGUGGAGGUCCCAGGCAAGGAGGACCAGGAGUGAGGGUUGGUGCGCUUGGGGUCGGGGAACCCUAUUUAAGUCAUUGCUUCAUCAACCUACUGCCCAAGAGAAAGCCCCCUCCCCCGAACCUACGCCAUCCCAAAUCGGAAGCAGCACCCACUGUCCCUUUCUCGCUGUCAUCUCUCCAGGGAAGCCCUGGACGUCUAGGCAACCCUUGCUUAGAACAUCUUUUUUCUUGUUCAAGGCAGGAUCUCACUCUGCAGCCCAGGCUGGCCUCAAACGCAGGGCACCGAUCCUGCUUCAGCCACCCAAACACUGGGAUUAUAAAUAUGCACAAUUAAAUCUGGCAGUGUCACCAUGUGGGUCUUUCUGAACCCCCUACCUCAUCUAUUGACAGUUUUUUCUGCAUUUACUUGUGGAACAGCUAUCACCUCAUUCAGAUAGACUGUGGAGGAAGGGGUUUUACCUGCACUGUGUCUCUGAAACCCUUCUGUUGACCUUCAAAUGUGCGAAGCAGUUGGCUUCACCACCUAUCACAGCUCCUGCAUGCAGUUGCAGUAAGGCUUCCUCUUUCAUCCUGCAUCUACUGGGAGCCAAGACCAUCACCUGUUACCUCACCUAAUGUGGCACCGUGCUGGCAAAGGGUGUGUGAGCCUCCAUCCGGGGCUCACAAUGAGGAAGCUGGGAAAGAUACAGACAGUGGUUUGUGAAAGUCCCACAGCUGGUUCCUGAGGCUGCAUUCCUCCCCGCAUGCUCUCGGAGAUAACUCUCGGCUGCCCUCAAGACCUACCUCUCUGGGCCCCCAGUUUUACAAACUCCUUCCCCGGGAAGAAGUGUCCACAUGUUCCUAUUGGUCCUCAUCACCAAGGGUACUGCCAGCCUGAGAAGUUAAACUCUUUAAUUUGUAGGAAAGAUUUGGAGUAAUUUACAGUGAAAGACAAAAAUAAAACACAACAGUUCCGAACGGAUACCAUAAAAGAGAAAGAAAGACGUGCUGAGAAUAAAGAUGUUCUAUGGUC